UCUUACAAAAACUACUACUAGAGUAUUAGUAGCCUAAUUGUAGCUAUAUAAACAUAAGAAAAGAGAAAAAGCAAAGCCAGGAAGAUAAUCUUCGCGUUCAUCUUAUUCGUUUCAUUCAUUUUAAAGGGUAGAAAGUACCAGAAAAGAAUAUGAAUAAGGAUAAGAUAUUCAAGUUGGCAAAGGGGUUCCGAGGGAGGGCAAAGAACUGCAUUAGGAUAGCAAGAGAGAGGGUGGAGAAGGCGUUGCAAUAUUCCUACAGAGACCGCCGUACCAAAAAGAGGGACAUGCGUUCUCUUUGGAUCCAACGGAUUAAUGCUGGCACCCGCGUUCAUGGUGUCAAUUAUGGAAACUUCAUGCAUGGGCUGAUGAAGGAGAAUAUUCAACUUAACAGAAAGGUUUUGUCAGAGAUAUCCAUGCAUGAACCCUAUAGUUUCAAGUCACUGGUAGACAUAUCACGAAAUGCAUUUCCUGGAAACAAGAAUGUGGUUGUUCCUCCAAGAAAGGUUGCCCUUUAGAGCAUUUGGCAAUUAAGCAAACAUUUAGAGGUAGUUUAUAUCAGAAUGGCUAAGUAUCUUUGAGAAUUUCGGGUUCAGCACAAUACCGAUGAUGAUUUGUUUUGUAUGCCUAUGAUUCAUACUCUGGUUUUCCUUUCACUUGCUUCAAUAUCAGUGAUCAGUAAUAUUGUACGAUUAGAAACAUGAAGCUUAGUUAUGAUCGGAUAUGUGGAACAUUUACUGCCAUUAGGCUCCAUCAUAAAAUAGAUUUCUUUAACAUUUACAA